AUGAGCCGUCAAGGCGACACCCAGACUCUGGUCGAGUCGUUCUGCGCCCUCGCAGAUGAGGUGCAGAAUCUGAUUGAUCGCAAGACCAUUCUCGAGCACAAGCUGCGGUUUGCCGCCGAGCAGUACCAACAGCUCGCCGACAAGUAUGCCCCGACUGCCCCCGAGGUGUCCGAGACCCUUGCCAACCUGCAAAUCCCACCCGACGACCACAAACCUCCCAUUCCCAGUUCCUAUGUCCCGCUGCCCAAGCGCGGACAACAGGCCGGCUGCAGCCAGCACCAGAUUGCUCUGUUGAUCCGGGACGGCCGGCGUGCUGCCCAGCAACUGACUGAACAUUCGCGCACCACCGACGGAAGCAUUGGCGGCGGCGGGCACGGCCACAGUGGCGGUGGCGGCGGCGGCUCGAGCAAAGAAGCUUCGUCGGGCACCGCCAUUACGACCAUGUCCAUCAUGAUGGAGCAGGACUUUACGGUGGAGGGCAAAAAGGGCGUCCUCGACUGCCCCUUUUCGGCCAUCAAGCGGCGGCAACAGCUGCUGCGGCAGCAACAGCAACUCGAACAGGAGAACCAACAGCUGCACAUCACUGGCGGUGGCAGCAGUGCAGAGGCUGGCGGUCUCGAUGUAGAUCUCGAUCACAACGAUGCCGAUACGGCCGACAUUGCGGCAGCAGCGGGACCGCCUGGCACCCAGUCUGCCCACGGAGGCGGCGCCGCGAGCGGCGAAGCGGCCAGUCCCCCAGUCGAGGAUCCAAUCUGUGCCGCGCUGGCCGACGAGAGUGCAUCCCAGCACGGGGGAACAUCGAACGGCGGCGCGCCGCGGUGCCCGAUCCGUUUCCUCGACCAGCACUCGCCGGAAGAGGUUGCGCACUACGUGGAGACGCACAAGCACCAGCUGCCGCGCAGCCACGCCAUCUGCCUGAAGCGCUACAACAAGAACGAGGAGCAGAUUCGCAAGAUGGAUGCCAAGUACGGCAAUCUUGUCAACAUGAUUUCGGGUCUCGGCCAGUUUCACCAGCCGAUGCUGGCUUCGGCGGAGCCGGGUCUUGCUGGUGCCGAGGGCGGUACUCUCAGCGGUGGUGCCGUUCUGGGUGUCGACGAGCGUGAAGAGGGCGAAGUGGUCGACCGCGCCAAGCUCCAUAAAGACUCCCACGAACGCGUCAAGACGUGGGCGAACGGCGUGUCUGCCAGCAGCGAAGACGCUGAAGACGACGACUUUGACAACAGCGGUGACCGUCAUGGUCACGACGAUGGCCAAAGUGCCGACGCCCGAGGUUGGCGUCGCAGUACGGCAUAUAGUGGUGGCCGCGAAUCCAGUGGCAGCGGUGGCGAUAACACGGAACCGGAGCGGGAGAGUCACUUUGACCGGCCGCUCAAGGAGGUGCGUCUCGGCGAGUCACCGAGCCGGCCGUGGGGUAUUGCCGUUCCGGUCUCGUCGAUGCCAUUGGAUGCAGCCGCACAGCCACCGCUGUCACCGCCGGCGGCCCCUGUUCGUAUGCCGAGUCCUGUUCGUGCGCCUCUGACAAACCGUGCACCUCCUGUUUCUCCCAGCAAACCCCAGCCAGAACGCAAGUGCCCAUUUGACCAAAGCAAGUUUGGCCUGGGGAUCUCACCACCACCCGGCCAUGUUCCUGUGGAACCUGACGAGAGGGAGGCAGAUGGGGCGGUCGAGACACCGGCUGAGACGACGCCCCGUGUCAGUGAUAAACCCGAUAAGACGGUCCAGACCGAUCGACCAUUCUCGCCGAUGAAGCCUCCGCAAGCCACUCCGCAGACCUUCACCCAACCUGCGUUUGUCAACCUUCCACCGCAGACGGCUGCCCAAGGCAACACCGACGGAAAGAACAUGGCUGGCCCCGUCCCGCAGAUGCUCUUCACUGGCCCGGUGUUCAUCGGAUACCCGAUGGAGCAAGCGGCGCAGUUCUUGCAAAUGUACCACAACCCUCAGGGACAGGGGCAGGGCCAGGGACGGUAG